AUGACCCCGCCAAACCCCCAACCAGCCAACAACAACGACCAUCUCGUCCAGUCCGAUGACCCGGAGCACCCGGCCAACCUGAUCCCGGCGCUCUGCGCCAAGUUUUGGACGCUCGGAUGGGUGACGGGAACCGGUGGUGGAGCCUCGAUCCGGGACGGCGACCUGGUCUACAUCGCCCCCUCGGGCGUGCAAAAGGAGCUCAUGAAACCCUCUGACAUCUACGUGCUCUCGCUCGCCGCACAAGCUGCAUCCCUCGAUCGACGCAACCGCAUCUACCUUCGCAGCCCGCCCAACCACAAGCCGAGCCAAUGCACUCCCCUCUUCCUGGCCGCUUUCAACAAGCGCGGCGCGGGCUGCUGUAUCCACACACACUCGCACUGGGCGGUACUGGUGACGCUGAUCCUGGAGCAGCAGGGCCCCGGCAAGGACCGGGAGUUCCGAAUCAACAACAUCGAACAGAUCAAGGGCUUUGGUAGGGGAUAUGGGAAGACCGGGAACCUCGGGUAUCACGAUACGCUGGUGAUUCCGGUGAUUGAGAACACCGCCCAUGAGGAGGAUCUUACGGAGUUCUUGGAAGAGGCCAUGGACAAGUACCCGGACACGUAUGCCGUCCUGGUCCGUAGGCAUGGUGUCUACGUGUGGGGAGAGACUGUGCAUAAGGCGAAGACCCAGUGCGAAAGUCUGGACUAUCUCUUCCAACUGGCCGUCGAGAUGAAACAGCUCGGUCUGCCAUGGAUUACCGACAUCGAGCCAGUGGUUCCUAGGAGGAACUCGUAA